AAUCCACCCGCUUACACAGGUGCGGGAAAUGGUAAAGUAAUAUUUGAGUAGAAAGAAAAGCAGCGCAGGCGUUUAGGGUUUGGGAUGGCGAAGUUCAAUGUGGUGCAGAAGAAAAGGAGAGCUCUGAUUGCAGAGAAGAAGAGACUCGUUCACGGGGACCCUUCAACCGGCAAACUCAAGAUCCCGACCCAGCCCCAUUCCCUUUCCGGAAAACGCAAGCGCAAGCUCUUCAAAAAGUGGCGCCGGGACCAAAAGGACGCCUUACAGAAUGGUUUAGUCACCAUGGAAGAUGUUCAAAUGGCUGUUGCUCAAGGGGAUACCCAAGAGACCCAAAGACCUUCGCCAAAAAUUCACUUGAAGAAGAGCAUCAAACUUAAACAGCUCAAACGCAAAGGGAAGAACAAAAGAAAAUCUGAUGUGCCUGCUGCUGAUAUCUCGGCUGAUGCAAUGAUGGAAUAAAUAUGAAAAAGUUUUAUUAUUCUGCUCAAUUCAUUUAGCUUUCUGCUGGAGAUUGGAGUUGGCAGUGUGUGUGUAGUUGGGUGUUGUCUAGUUGGUAGGGUGGAGGAUAGAAGGGGCCAAAAUCUGAUAGUAUAUAAUGUCAUAUAACCCUUGAGUGAUUGAUAUGCUAUUGCUAUAUUUUCUUUUAUUGACAUGCAUCAAUUAAUAUAAAUCAGAAUAGGAUA